AUGGGAUGGCUUUUGAAUUCAUUUUUAUUUACAAUCUGUGUGGCUGUAGUGGAUUAUAUGAUAAAUAAGAAUGAACAUCCACUGGUUGUUUCUCUUGAAUUUUCAAUUGUAUCUGGUUUUAUUACAUUUAAGAUAAUUCCAGUGCUUUCUCCAUUUUUUAUUAAAGCAGGAUUUCAUGGAAAAGAUUUAAAUAAGCCAGGAAAUCCUUUGCGAGCUGAAGCCAUGGGCAUUGUGUGUUCUGUUAUUUAUAUUUUUUCUAUGUUUUUGUUUAUUCCCUUCUCAUUUUAUAAGUAUUUUAUUUCUUUUGGAAGUGGUAAAGAUACAUAUGAAUUAUUGAAAGAUGGAGAAAAAUAUCAACUAUUUCCUCAUAAUAAGUUGGGAGAAUACUUGUCUGCUAUUUUGUCUCUUCAAAGCAUGGUUCUUUUAGGAAUUGCUGAUGAUCUUUUUGAUAUACGUUGGAGAUAUAAGCUUUUUAUGCCCGCAUUGUCGGCUAUUCCGAUUCUUGUUGUGUAUUAUGUUGAUUUUAAUGUUACGUAUGUCUUAGUUCCCGUGUUUUUGCAAUCUUUUUUGGGGGGCAUUAUUCAAAUAGGAUGGUGGUACUAUCUUUAUAUGGCAGCUUUGUCCAUUUUUUGUCCUAAUUCGAUAAACAUAAUUGCUGGAAUAAAUGGAGUGGAAGUUGGGCAGUCUAUUAUAAUUUCACUUUGCAUUAUAAUUAAUGAUCUUUUUUAUGUUUUUCGGUUAUCUAGUCCUGCUGUUGAUUCUCAUUUGUUUUCACUUUAUUUUCUAUUACCUUUUAUAGGUACAUCAAUAGCUUUGUUAUAUCAUAAUUGGUUUCCUGCGUCUGUUUUUGUUGGUGAUACAUAUUGUUACUUUUCAGGAAUGAUAUUUGCUGUUGUUGGUAUUAUAGGGCAUUUUUCAAAAACAAUACUUCUUUUUUUUAUCCCACAAAUAUUUAAUUUUAUUUUGUCAUUACCUCAAUUGUUUGGAAUUGUUGAGUGUCCUAGACAUAGGAUGCCUAAGCUUAAUUUGUCAACUGGCUUUUUAGAGCCUUCAACAAUAAUGUUUUUGCAAAAGCCGUCUCUGUUAUCUAGGAUAAUUCUUAAAAUAUUAGCAAAAUUGCACAUCGUACGACUGAAAAUACAUCCAGAUACUAAAGAAAUUCAAGGAACAACUAAUCUUACAAUUAUUAAUUCUCUUCUGGUUAUAUUAGGACCUAAAAGAGAAGAUACAUUAACAAUAAUAAUAAUGGUAAUUCAGGCUAUAAUGGGUUUGUUAGGGUUAUUUAUAAGACAUAAAAUGGCAAAGUUAAUCUAUCUUGAUGAUAAUUAUUAA